AUGACGGACCGCUUCUGGGACCAGUGGUAUCUCUGGUAUCUCCGCUUGCUCCGGCUGCUGGAUCGAGGGUCUUUUCGGAAUGAUGGUUUGAAAGCUUCUGAUGUCCUUCCCAUCCUAAAGGAAAAAGUGGCCUUCGUGUCUGGGGGCCGUGAUAAGCGAGGUGGACCCAUUCUGACCUUCCCUGCUCGCAGCAAUCAUGACAGAAUAAGACAGGAAGACCUGCGGAAACUUGUGACGUAUUUGGCCAGCGUGCCAAGUGAGGACGUGUGCAAACGUGGCUUCACUGUCAUCAUCGACAUGCGGGGCUCCAAGUGGGACCUCAUCAAGCCCCUCCUCAAAACGCUGCAGGAAGCCUUUCCAGCUGAGAUCCAUGUGGCCCUCAUCAUCAAACCCGACAACUUCUGGCAGAAACAGAAGACCAACUUUGGCAGCUCCAAAUUCAUCUUUGAGACGAGCAUGGUGUCCGUGGAAGGCCUCACGAAGCUAGUGGACCCCUCCCAGCUGACGGAGGAGUUCGACGGCUCCCUGGACUACAACCACGAGGAGUGGAUCGAGUUGCGGCUCUCCCUGGAGGAGUUCUUCAACAGCGCCGUGCACCUGCUCUCGCGCCUUGAGGACCUGCAGGAGAUGCUGGCCCGAAAGGAGUUCCCCGUGGACGUGGAGGGCUCUCGGCGGCUCAUCGAUGAACACACACAGCUCAAGAAAAAGGUGCUGAAGGCCCCUGUGGAGGAGCUGGACCGAGAGGGGCAGCGGCUGCUGCAGUGCAUCCGCUGCAGCGACGGCUUCUCAGGGCGCAACUGCAUCCCGGGCAGCGCUGACUUCCAGAGCCUGGUGCCCAAGAUCACCAGCCUCCUGGACAAGCUGCACUCCACCAGGCAGCACCUGCAUCAGAUGUGGCACGUGCGCAAGCUCAAGCUGGACCAGUGCUUUCAGCUGCGGCUCUUCGAGCAGGAUGCUGAGAAGAUGUUCGACUGGAUAAGCCACAACAAGGAGUUAUUUCUCCAGAGCCACACGGAGAUCGGAGUCAGCUACCAGCACGCCCUAGACCUCCAGACGCAGCACAAUCACUUCGCCAUGAACUCCAUGAAUGCCUACGUCAACAUCAACCGCAUCAUGUCUGUGGCUUCCCGCCUUUCCGAGGCCGGCCAUUACGCCUCGCAGCAAAUCAAGCAGAUCUCCACCCAGCUGGACCAAGAGUGGAAGAGCUUCGCCGCUGCCCUGGAUGAGCGCAGCACCAUCCUCGCCAUGUCUGCCGUGUUCCACCAGAAGGCCGAGCAGUUCCUGUCGGGAGUGGACGCCUGGUGCAAGAUGUGCAGUGAAGGCGGCCUGCCGUCCGAGAUGCAGGACCUGGAGCUGGCGAUCCACCACCACCAGUCCUUGUACGAGCAGGUGACCCAGGCCUACACAGAGGUCAGCCAGGAUGGCAAGGCACUGCUGGAUGUGCUGCAGCGUCCCCUCAGUCCUGGGAACUCCGAGUCCCUCACGGCCACAGCCAACUACUCCAAGGCCGUGCACCAGGUGCUGGACGUGGUGCAUGAGGUGCUGCACCACCAGCGACGCCUCGAGAGCAUCUGGCAGCACCGCAAGGUGCGGCUCCACCAGCGGCUGCAGCUCUGCGUCUUCCAGCAGGAUGUGCAGCAGGUGUUGGACUGGAUUGAAAACCAUGGCGAGGCCUUUCUCAGCAAACACACUGGGGUUGGGAAGUCCCUACAUCGAGCCCGGGCCCUGCAGAAGAGGCACGAUGACUUUGAAGAGGUGGCUCAGAAUACAUACACCAAUGCGGACAAGCUUCUAGAAGCAGCAGAGCAGUUGGCUCAGACUGGGGAAUGUGACCCGGAGGAGAUCUACAAGGCAGCUCGACACCUGGAGGUGCGCAUCCAAGACUUCGUGCGCAGGGUGGAGCAGCGGAAGCUUCUCCUGGACAUGUCUGUCUCCUUUCACACACACACCAAAGAGUUGUGGACAUGGAUGGAAGACCUUCAGAAGGAGAUGCUGGAAGAUGUCUGUGCGGACUCUGUGGAUGCAGUCCAGGAACUGAUCAAGCAGUUCCAGCAGCAGCAGACGGCCACCCUGGAUGCCACACUCAAUGUCAUCAAGGAAGGCGAAGACCUUAUCCAGCAGCUCAGGUCAGCGCCUCCCUCCCUAGGGGAGCCCAGCGAGGCCAGGGACUCAGCUGUGUCUAACAACAAGACACCCCACAGUAGCUCCAUCAGCCACAUCGAGUCAGUCCUGCAGCAGCUCGAUGACGCCCAGGUGCAGAUGGAAGAGCUGUUCCACGAGCGGAAGAUCAAGCUGGACAUCUUCCUGCAGCUGCGCAUCUUUGAGCAGUACACCAUCGAGGUGACAGCAGAGCUAGAUGCCUGGAACGAGGACCUGCUCCGGCAGAUGAAUGACUUCAACACAGAGGAUCUGACCCUGGCAGAGCAGCGGCUGCAGCGCCACACAGAGCGGAAGCUGGCCAUGAACAACAUGACCUUCGAGGUCGUCCAGCAGGGCCAGGACCUGCACCAGUACAUCAUGGAGGUCCAGGCCUCAGGUAUUGAGUUGAUCUGUGAAAAAGACAUUGAUCUGGCAGCCCAGGUGCAAGAGCUACUGGAGUUUCUCCAUGAGAAGCAGCAUGAACUGGAGCUCAACGCGGAGCAGACCCAUAAGCGGCUAGAGCAGUGCCUCCAACUACGGCACCUCCAGGCCGAGGUCAAACAGGUCCUGGGAUGGAUCCGCAAUGGAGAGUCAAUGCUCAACGCCAGCCUGGUCAAUGCCAGCUCUUUGUCUGAAGCGGAGCAGCUGCAGCGGGAACAUGAGCAGUUCCAACUGGCCAUCGAGUCCCUCUUUCAUGCCACUUCCUUGCAGAAGACGCACCAGAGCGCCCUGCAGGUACAGCAGAAGGCCGAGGCACUGCUCCAGGCCGGCCACUACGAUGCCGACGCCAUCCGGGAGUGUGCUGAGAAGGUGGCCCUCCACUGGCAGCAGCUCAUGCUGAAGAUGGAAGACCGGCUAAAACUGGUCAACGCCUCUGUGGCCUUUUACAAAACUUCUGAACAGGUGUGUAGUGUCCUGGAGAGCUUAGAGCAAGAGUACCGGAGAGAUGAGGACUGGUGUGGCGGACGAGAUAAACUGGGGCCUGCAGCAGAGAUCGACCACGUCAUUCCACUCAUCAGCAAACAUUUGGAACAAAAGGAGGCCUUCCUUAAGGCCUGCACCCUCGCACGGCGGAAUGCUGAGGUGUUUCUCAAGUACAUCCACAGGAACAACGUCAGCAUGCCCAGUGUCGCCAGCCAUACUCGGGGACCUGAGCAACAAGUGAAAGCCAUCUUGAGUGAGCUCUUACAGAGGGAGAACCGCGUCCUGCACUUCUGGACCUUGAAGAAGCGGCGGUUAGACCAAUGCCAGCAAUACGUGGUGUUUGAGCGCAGCGCUAAGCAGGCACUGGACUGGAUCCAAGAAACAGGUGAAUUUUACCUCUCAACACAUACCUCCACUGGAGAGACCACAGAGGAGACUCAGGAACUGCUGAAAGAAUAUGGAGAAUUCAGGGUGCCUGCCAAGGGUUUGAUCCAAGGAUCCUUGGGUUUCGAUGAAAAUCUUAUCUGUCUCAGCUUCCUCUUUGUAGCAUCCUCGUCCCUCACCCUAGGCUCCUUGCCGUAUAGGAGCCUUUCUUGGCAUCACUGCUGCAAACAGCAGAUGCUCUUCCCAGGUGGAGAGCUGCUUCGGUUCAUUAUGGCUGAACUACUCCAGACAGAGAAGGCUUAUGUAAGGGACUUACAUGAGUGCUUGGAGACCUACCUGUGGGAGAUGACCAGCGGUGUGGAGGAGAUCCCGCCUGGGAUCCUCAAUAAAGAGCACAUCAUCUUUGGCAACAUCCAGGAGAUCUACGAUUUCCAUAACAACAUCUUCCUCAAAGAGCUGGAGAAGUACGAGCAGCUGCCUGAGGAUGUGGGACACUGCUUUGUGACCUGGGCAGACAAAUUUCAGAUGUAUGUCACCUACUGUAAAAACAAGCCUGAUUCCAACCAGCUUAUCCUGGAGCACGCAGGCACCUUCUUUGAUGAGAUACAGCAGCGGCAUGGUCUGGCCAACUCCAUCUCUUCCUACCUAAUUAAGCCUGUCCAGAGGAUCACCAAGUACCAGCUGCUCCUGAAGGAACUUUUAACUUGCUGUGAAGAAGGGAAAGGGGAGCUCAAGGAUGGCCUGGAGGUGAUGCUCAGUGUCCCAAAGAAAGCCAAUGACGCCAUGCAUGUCAGCAUGCUAGAAGGGUUCGACGAGAACUUGGACGUGCAGGGGGAAUUGAUUCUCCAGGAUGCCUUUCAAGUGUGGGAUCCCAAGUCACUGAUCCGGAAGGGGCGGGAGCGGCACUUGUUCCUCUUUGAGAUCUCCUUGGUGUUUAGCAAGGAGAUCAAAGACUCUUCAGGACACACAAAAUAUGUUUACAAGAACAAGCUACUGACCUCAGAGCUGGGUGUGACCGAGCACGUGGAGGGCGACCCCUGCAAAUUCGCCUUGUGGUCUGGGCGCACCCCAUCCUCAGACAAUAAAACAGUGCUGAAAGCCUCCAACAUCGAAACCAAGCAGGAAUGGAUCAAGAACAUUCGAGAAGUGAUUCAGGAAAGGAUCAUUCACCUGAAAGGAGCUUUAAAGGAGCCAAUUCAGCUCCCCAAAACACCAGCCAAACAGAGGAACAAUAGUAAGAGGGAUGGAGUGGAGGAUAUUGACAGCCAGGGAGAUGGCAGCAGCCAGCCAGACACCAUCUCCAUUGCCUCUAGGACCUCCCAGAACACAGUGGACAGUGACAAGCUCUCUGGCGGAUGCGAGUUGACGGUGGUGCUCCAGGACUUCAGCGCGGGCCAUAGCAGCGAGCUCACCAUCCAGGUGGGGCAGACGGUGGAGCUGCUGGAGCGGCCCAGCGAGCGGCCUGGCUGGUGCCUGGUCCGCACCACGGAGCGGAGCCCGCCCCAGGAGGGCCUGGUCCCCAGCAGCGCGCUGUGCAUCUCCCACUCCCGGAGCAGCGUGGAGAUGGACUGCUUCUUCCCCUUGGUGAAAGAUGCGUACUCUCAUUCGUCAAGUGAAAACGGAGGCAAAUCCGAGUCAGUGGCCAACCUGCAGGCCCAGCCCUCCCUGAACUCCAUCCACAGUUCCCCCGGUCCCAAGCGCUCCACCAACACGCUUAAGAAGUGGCUGACGAGUCCUGUGCGUCGGCUCAACAGUGGGAAAGCAGAUGGGAACAUCAAAAAGCAGAAGAAAGUACGUGAUGGUCGGAAGAGCUUCGACCUGGGAUCUCCCAAGCCUGGGGAUGAGACGACCCCUCAGGGAGACAGCGCUGAUGAGAAGAGCAAGAAAGGUUGGGGUGAGGAUGAGCCAGACGAAGAGUCACACACACCCCUCCCUCCGCCUAUGAAGAUUUUUGACAACGACCCCACACAGGACGAAAUGUCCUCCUCUUUGCUAGCAGCCCGGCAGGCUUCCACAGAAGUACCUACUGCUGCAGACCUUGUCAGUGCAAUAGAAAAGUUGGUGAAAAGCAAGCUGAGUCUAGAAGGAGGCUCAUACCGGGGGAGCUUGAAAGACCCCGCAGGCUGCCUAAAUGAAGGGAUGGCCUCGCCCACACCUCCUCGGAACCUGGAAGAAGAACAGAAAGCCAAGGCCCUGAGAGGCAGGAUGUUUGUCCUGAAUGAGCUGGUUCAGACAGAAAAGGACUAUGUCAAGGAUCUGGGGAUUGUGGUGGAGGGCUUCAUGAAGAGGAUAGAAGAAAAAGGUGUCCCCGAGGAUAUGCGAGGAAAGGAUAAAAUCGUGUUUGGAAACAUUCACCAGAUCUAUGACUGGCAUAAGGAUUUUUUCCUGGCUGAACUGGAAAAGUGUAUCCAGGAGCAAGACAGAUUGGCACAGCUCUUUAUUAAGCACGAGCGGAAGCUGCACAUCUACGUGUGGUACUGCCAGAACAAGCCGCGCUCCGAGUACAUCGUCGCUGAGUACGAUGCCUACUUUGAGGAGGUAAAACAGGAGAUAAAUCAGAGGCUGACACUUAGCGACUUCCUCAUUAAGCCCAUUCAGAGAAUAACAAAAUACCAAUUGCUCCUCAAGGACUUCCUGAGAUACAGUGAGAAGGCUGGGCUGGAGUGUUCAGAUAUUGAGAAAGCAGUGGAGUUAAUGUGCCUUGUUCCCAAACGCUGCAAUGACAUGAUGAAUCUUGGACGCCUGCAGGGCUUUGAGGGCACCCUGACUGCUCAGGGGAAGCUGCUGCAGCAGGACACGUUCUACGUGAUCGAGCUGGACGCAGGCAUGCAGUCCCGGACCAAGGAGAGGCGCGUGUUCCUCUUCGAGCAGAUCGUCAUCUUCAGUGAGCUGCUCAGGAAGGGCUCCCUCACCCCGGGCUACAUGUUCAAAAGAAGCAUCAAGAUGAAUUACUUGGUCCUGGAGGAGAACGUGGACAACGACCCCUGCAAGUUUGCGCUCAUGAACAGAGAGACUUCCGAGAGGGUCAUUCUGCAAGCCGCCAACGCUGACAUCCAGCAGGCCUGGGUGCAGGACAUCAAUCAAGUCUUAGAAACGCAGCGAGACUUCUUAAACGCACUGCAGUCACCCAUUGAGUAUCAGCGCAAAGAAAGAAGCACAGCCGUGAUGAGGUCUCAACCUGCAAGGGUUCCCCAAGCCAGCCCUAGGCCCUACUCCUCUGUCCCCGUGGGCUCUGAGAAGCCCCCAAAGGGCUCCACCUAUAACCCGCCACUGCCACCCCUGAAGAUAUCUACCUCCAAUGGCAGUCCGGGGUUUGACUACCACCAGCCUGGGGAUAAGUUCGAAGCCAGCAAGCAGAACGACCUGGGAGGCUGCAAUGGGACCUCGUCCAUGGCUGUGAUCAAAGAUUACUAUGCACUGAAGGAGAAUGAAAUCUGUGUGAGCCAAGGUGAGGUGGUCCAGGUCCUCGCCGUCAACCAGCAGAACAUGUGCCUGGUGUACCAGCCUGCCAGCGACCAUUCCCCCGCAGCUGAGGGCUGGGUCCCGGGCAGCAUCCUGGCGCCCCUCACCAAAGCCACGGCAGCAGCAGAAAAUAGUGACGGGAGCAUCAAGAAGUCAUGUUCAUGGCAUACUCUACGCAUGAGAAAGCGGGCGGAAGUGGAGAGCACGGGUAAAAAUGAAGCCACAGGGUCUCGUAAACCCAAGGAUAUUCUGGGCAACAAAGUCUCUGUUAAAGAGACGAACAGUUCCGAGGAGUCAGAGUGUGAUGAUCUUGACCCUAAUACUAGCAUGGAGAUUUUAAAUCCAAAUUUCAUCCAAGAAGUGGCCCCAGAAUUCCUUGUGCCCUUAGUGGAUGUGACUUGUUUGCUUGGGGACACCGUGAUACUGCAGUGCAAGGUCUGUGGGCGGCCGAAGCCCACCAUCACCUGGAAGGGUCCAGACCAGAACAUCCUUGACACUGACAACAGCUCCGCCACGUACACCGUCUCCUCUUGUGAUUCUGGGGAAAUCACCCUGAAGAUCUGCAACCUGAUGCCCCAAGACAGCGGGAUUUAUACCUGCAUUGCCACAAACGACCACGGGACCGUAUCGACGUCUGCUACAGUUAAAGUGCAAGGUGUUCCAGCAGCACCUAACCGCCCCAUUGCCCAGGAGAGAAGCUGCACCUCUGUGAUUCUGCGCUGGCUGCCUCCAUCGAGCACGGGAAACUGCACUAUUUCUGGUUACACCGUGGAGUACAGAGAGGAAGGUUCUCAGAUCUGGCAGCAGUCGGUAGCCUCAACCUUGGACACUUACCUCGUCAUCGAAGACCUUAGUCCUGGGUGUCCUUAUCAGUUCAGAGUCAGUGCCAGUAACCCCUGGGGAAUCAGCCUUCCCAGCGAGCCCUCGGAGUUUGUGCGACUUCCAGAAUAUGAUGCUGCUGCUGAUGGUGCCACCAUUUCUUGGAAGGAAAAUUUUGAUUCGGCUUAUACUGAGCUGAAUGAAAUUGGAAGAGGCCGUUUCUCAAUAGUAAAGAAAUGCAUCCACAAAGCUACCCGCAAAGACGUGGCUGUGAAAUUCGUUAGCAAAAAAAUGAAGAAGAAAGAGCAGGCUGCCCACGAGGCCGCCCUACUCCAGCACCUACAGCACCCCCAGUACAUCACUCUCCACGACACCUAUGAGUCCCCCACAUCCUACAUCCUGAUUUUGGAACUGAUGGAUGAUGGCCGGCUCUUAGACUACCUUAUGAAUCACGAUGAACUGAUGGAGGAAAAAGUAGCUUUCUACAUCCGAGACAUCAUGGAAGCUCUGCAGUACCUUCACAACUGCAGGGUUGCACAUUUGGACAUAAAGCCUGAAAACCUGCUCAUUGACCUACGGAUUCCAGUGCCCCGAGUGAAGCUCAUCGACUUGGAGGAUGCCGUCCAGAUCUCAGGCCACUUCCACAUCCACCACCUACUGGGGAACCCCGAGUUUGCUGCCCCAGAAGUGAUCCAAGGCAUCCCUGUGUCCCUGGGCACAGACAUCUGGAGCAUUGGGGUCCUGACGUAUGUCAUGCUGAGUGGGGUCUCCCCCUUCCUGGAUGAGAGCAAAGAGGAGACAUGUAUCAAUGUAUGCAGGGUGGAUUUCAGCUUUCCCCAUGAAUACUUCUGUGGCGUGAGCAAUGCCGCCAGAGAUUUCAUCAAUGUGAUCUUACAGGAAGACUUUCGGAGGCGGCCUACGGCGGCCACUUGCCUACAGCAUCCAUGGCUGCAGCCCCACAAUGGCAGCUACUCCAAGAUCCCCCUGGACACCUCCCGCCUGGCGUGCUUCAUAGAACGCCGCAAGCACCAGAAUGAUGUGCGGCCUAUUCCCAAUGUCAAGAGCUACAUUGUCAACCGGGUGAACCAAGGGACGUAG